UGUGCUCAUCUCAGCCACCCCCUCUUUCCAGCGUGCUGGAAAAUGCAAAGGGGAGGAGGUGAUCGAGUUGAGCCGAGCCAGGAACGGGAGCUGGCGGAAUUCCCUGCGGGCCAGUCUCACCAGCAGUAAUGCAAAGGGGCCCCCGGCAGAGCAGAGCAUCUCUGCUUUCCUCGGUUCCUCUGCCUGAGGCGAGACGCGACUUUAAAGGGCUACGUCAACUUCCAGCUGACGCUGGUAGAAAUGAACUUUGUUGAAAGACUUGGGCCCAAACGCGGUCGCUGAAGGGCCGGGACCUCUGCGGUCUGCGCCUUUGAGAGCGCGGGAGAGAAGCUCCGUCCCCUCGCUUGGGAGAGUGGGGGUCCCGUACAGCAGCGGGCGAGAGGCCUGCUGGGGAGGAUGUGCGCGGGGAGAGACGAGACCCCAACGCGGAUCCGGAGCUGAGGCGCUGGAGGGGGUCCGAGGCAUGAGAGACUGAAGAGUUUCUGCCCCAGAGCCCGUCACGGGUGGUGCCCGACCAGGCUUUCCCCUGGCGGCUCUAAGAGCCUGAGGCGCGGAUGAGGUGUCUGGCCACGUCGGUCAUCACUCCCUAGCUGCCUGCAUACGGGCCUACAAAUCCCGGCGUGCAAUGUUCCCCCAUGGGCGCGGAUAGCCCAAAGUCCCAGCAUGCAACGGUGCCCUGCCUGGGCAGAAGUCCUCCCCGCUCUCUUCCCGUGUUACGUAACAGCGGGGCACCCCUUAGGCCUGGCUCCAGACCCGGAAGUGCUAGUGGGAGGGCAGCGGAAAGUCUGAGCCCUCCCCUAGCAACCGCUGCAGAGCGCCCUUAGCAGCGGCGGCCAUGCCGGUCUGGGUGCGGGAUUACAGCUGGCGGCAGACGGACACUGCUGUUUUUCUCUCCCUGCCGAUGCGGGGUGCCCGGGUCACCCAGGCAAACAUCUUCUGCAGUGACCAGUAUCUGAAGGUAAAUGUUCCUCCAUUUUUAUUUGAAGCCAUUCUGUAUGCUCCUGUUGAUGACACUAGUAGUACAGCAAAGAUCAAAAAUGAGACCAUUUUCUUCACUUUAUAUAAAAAAGAAGUGGCCAUGUGGGAAUCCCUGGUUAUGGAAAAUGGAGACAAAGAGAAAAUGCAGAGAAUAAGAGAGAAUGCUGUCAUAAAAGCCCAAGAGAAGGCAGAUGAAGAGGAAAAAUCAAAAGCUGUUACAAAGCGAGAACAUAAAAAAUUUGCUCUGGAGGCCACAAUGAAGCUAGAAGAAACAGAGAGAAAAAGAAUUGAAAAUCUGAAAGAAGAGGAGCGACAGAAGGUCACUGAGGAGCUGGAGAUAUGGAAAGAAAAGCAGAGAAAUGAGGAGAAACAAAGAAGGAUACAAAGAGAAGAGGAAAUACGUAGAGAAAGGAAACUAAUAGAGGAGAAGAAAAAGCAAGAAAUAAAUAAAACUCUAAAGGCAGGAACUUCCAAGGCUAGAAGUAUACCUACAAAAGCUGGUAGUUCUGGAAAUAUAUUUUCAGAGAAGUUAAAAGAAGAAUCUUUCCCUGCUCCUCGAUCUGCUGGUACUAUUAAAAUUAGUUUCACAUCUCGGGUGUUUCCUACAGCUCUCAGAGAAUCCAGAGUAGCAGAAGAGGAAGAGUGGCUGCAUAAGCAAGCAGAGGCUCGUAGAGCAAUGAAUGCUAAUUUUUCUGAGCUGAAGGAUUUAAAUGAGGAGGAGAAGAACCCAGACUGGUUGAAAGACAAAGGAAACAAAAUGUUUGCAACAGGAAACUAUCUUGCAGCUGUAAAUGCCUAUAACCUUGCAAUUCUGUUAAAUAAUAAGAUUCCAGUACUAUAUCUGAAUCGUGCUGCUUGUCACCUUAAAUUGAGAAACUUGCACAAGACCAUUGAAGAUUCAUCUAAGGCACUAGAAUUACUGAUACCACCUGUUCCAGACAAUGCUGAUGCUAGAGUGAAAGCUUACGUGAGGCGUGGGACAGCAUUUUGUCAGCUGGAAUUGUAUGCUGAAGGUCUCCAGGAUUAUGAAGCUGCUCUCAAGAUCGAUCCUACAAAUAAAACUUUAGAACAAGAUGCUGAGAAGAUUCAACAUAUAAUUCAUGGAACUGCACAAGAUUCUUAACAAAGUCUAGAAUCAGCAUGGUGGUGUAUUUAACAGACAGGAAUCAGGAAAACACUUAUUUCAAAUUCUGCCUAAACCAGUGAAACCACCAGACAUUUUGUUGCUGCACUCAUCCCAGUUAUAAAAUUGGGUAAAAGAGAAGUUACUUCUCAUAAGAACUACUAUAAUUUAGGUAAAUAUAGUGCAGAAAGAGAAGUAAAUAAUACACAUUUUAUUUUCUUACCUGUUUCCAAAAUUGUCAUUUGUUUUCUUUGUAUGAAAUAUUGGCUAGCCUGAAUAACAGAACAUAAUUUACUAUAUUUAAUUUCAAAUCUGUUAUUAAGUAAUCAAAUGUAGUCUCAUGGAUUUUUAAAACAACUUCAGUGGUUUAGUCAACAUUAUUAACCAUGUUCAUAGUUUUGCUACCAAAGUUAAAGUGCUAAUGUAGAAAGGAACAGCCAUCAGAACUGUUGUGAAAUCAGAAGCCAUCCAAUUAGAAAUAUUUCACAUAGGACUAGAAAUUACAUAAUGCUCAUAUUGUAUAUGAAUUUGCCAAAACAAACAACCCUAAAACACUUUCUUAAAAAACUGGAGCCAAAACAUUCAGCUCCCAUUGAAGACAAAAUUUUCAGAGCUUGGUGCCUGUCAAAAUCAGGCUAUGUAUGUAGGUGCCUAACUUUGAAUUUAGGUAGUUAACAUCAGGCACAUGACUUGGAAAAUCUUGGUCUGGGAGAGGGUUAAUAUAAUCCUUGUAAAAUGCAGUAAAGUAUUUGAGUGUUAAGCAAUGUAUAUUAAAUGUUUCUAACCUAUUCAAAAAGAUUUGACAUAUAUUGAUUGAACUGACCAAACAGUUAUGAUGCAAUUGUAAUUUUGUCAGUAGUAAUGCAUUUUAAAUGAAAAACAGCCAGCCUACUGUUGGCUAAAUACAUCUGUAGAUCUUUUAUUUCAUAAUGGCAUUAAAUUAAUUUUGUUAUAAA